CAAGGCCUAUUGAAGGAGGUUAGGAUCACGCGUCAUCAUCACGUCAUGUGAUUGGGGUACCACACAUGCGCAGUAAAAUCUGGUAUGCACACAGCUACACUGCGCAUGCGUCCUAUCGCUUGUGACCUAACCUCCUUUAAUAGGCCUUGCUGUUGAUACCGUGGAUUUGAUUGGUUAAUACCAUCACGUGACUGUCCGCGCAUGCGCACUCAACCGGUUGUAACUGGAAAUAUUCAAUAAUCUGGGAAGCAGUUUUCACUUGAACCCUCUGAGCAACAACCUGUCUGUCUCUGUCUCUGUCUGUCUCUGUCUCCGGGGGACAGACAGCCUCACCGACCAGCAGCCAUGAGCUUCUUCGGUUUCGGUCAAAGCGCGGACAUCGACAUCGUCCUGAACGACGCCGAGACGAGAAAGAAAGCCGAGCACAAGAGCGAAGACGGCAGGAAGGACAAAUAUUUCCUGUUCUACGACGGAGAGACGGUGUCCGGCAGGCUCAACGUGACGCUGAAGCACCCGGGCAAGAGGCUGGAGCACAACGGCGUCAAGAUAGAGUUCAUCGGGCAGAUAGAGCUGUACUAUGACAGAGGGAACCACCACGAGUUUGUGUCUCUUGUGAAAGACUUGGCUCGGCCAGGGGAGCUCACGCAGUCGCAGACGUUUGACUUUGAGUUCACACAUGUGGAGAAACCCUACGAGUCUUACACGGGUCAGAACGUCAAGUUACGCUACUUUCUGAGGGCGACAGUAAGCCGGAGACUGAAUGACAUCAGCAAAGAGCUGGACAUUGUGGUGCACACACUCAGCUCCUACCCUGAGCUCAACUCCUCCAUCAAGAUGGAAGUGGGGAUCGAGGACUGCCUACACAUAGAGUUCGAGUACAAUAAAUCCAAGUAUCACCUUAGAGAUGUGAUUGUCGGGAAGAUUUACUUCCUGCUGGUGAGGAUUAAGAUCAGACAUAUGGAGAUUGACAUCAUCAAGCGGGAGACGACUGGCACAGGGCCCAACGUCUACCACGAGAACGACACCAUCGCAAAGUAUGAAAUCAUGGACGGUGCACCAGUCAGAGGAGAGUCCAUCCCCAUCAGGCUGUUUCUAGCAGGCUAUGAGAUGACGCCCACCAUGAGGGACAUUAACAAGAAGUUCUCGGUGCGGUACUACCUCAACCUGGUCCUCAUUGAUGAGGAGGAACGACGCUAUUUCAAACAGCAGGAGAUUACCCUGUGGAGGAAAGGUGACAUAGUGAGGAAGAGUAUGUCUCACCAGGCGAUCAUCGCCUCCCAGCGCUUCGAAGGCACCUCCCAUCCAGAGAAGAACCUGACGCAGAGCAACGAGGAGGAAGAGGACAGCUAAAGCCCAGCAUGCACUUCACCCUCGCGUAGUGAGUGUCUGAGCGAACACGGCGCAGAAAUUGUCAGCAAACUCUGAAUGUGAAUCUCAUGUGUCUGCGUUGAGAUGGAAUGUGCUGCAGUGUUUUUCAAGAUGUGUGUGAGAGUGUGAGAGAGGUGUGUGUGUCAAGGGAACAAACAGUCCGACUUAGACUGUAGUUACAAGUCAUUCUGUUUGUUUUAACCACCUUGAAGUACCAGCUGGGUGGAGUUUACCACAUUAGGACUGAUUAGACGGUGUCAGCUAAUUUCUCUGUCUACACAAAAUUUACUUUUUUCAAGUGCUUGAUUAAACCUUUAUGGCAUUUAUUAUACAGUUCAGUGGGGCAAACUUCACCCGUUAGAUGCACUUAAAUAGAAUGUGCAAAUACUGUUUGACCAAUAACGUGAAUUCACGUGUGUGCGUGUGUAUGAAUGUUCAGUAUGAGAGUCACCACGGGUGUAUUUCUAACAACUUUUCCUUCAGACUACUUACUCGGCUGGAAGAUUGCGCUGUGCAGAAACUGUAGUCCUUUACAGUAGGUUCCUAAAAAAGUGGGUAAACAUUGACAAUAGAUCUCACAGUACAUCUCUGUAUGUCUCCUCAAAGGAAUGGGACAUUAAUUCAUUUCAGAUUAUUUAGAGAAACAGACCCCCUAAUUUGGUUUUAAAAAAUGUGCCUCUUAAUUUUAAAAAGUGAGCAAUUACUUAAGUAUAAGACUUAAAAAAAAUGCUCUAAAUGAAGAAAUAUACAUUUACAUAUUUGUAUAAGACGAUGCUUAAAAUAUUUUCAUACAUUCCAAGGCUCUCACCAGAAAUAGGCAUAACUGUAGAGUAUUUAUUUUUUAACAAAAAAUCCAUUUUUAAACAGCAUUUUCCACGCGUGAUCAUGCUUCAGUUUGGUCGGGGGCUCGUUGUCAGGCGCUGCCACCGCUGCUAGAACAAACGUGGCACACGUGAGCGCUGUGGGAUUCUUCUUCCAACGUUGUAACCGUGUCUGUCUCUGAUAGUUUGAAGCCCUGCUUUCUUAUUUGCACUAUGAUCUCAUUCUGCUUUUAUUCUGCUCUCAGUGCUGUUUAUAAACUGGACUCAUGGCAGUGUUCAGAAGUAGAGUGAAAAAUCUGACUCUUCAAAUCUAACAUGGACAGUAUUAUACCUGUGUUUAUAGAUGCUUAAUAGGCUAGUUAGCUUUGUGCCUGAGGGUUUAUUGCCAAAAAUGAUUCAGUGCAGAGAACAUUCACCGCACUGCUGCACCCUUUCUCCCCCAUUUCUCCCACUUUUCAUGAAAUAAAAAAAAAAUGGGUUUAGUGCCAAGAAGGUUUCAAAUAAUGUUAUUGUGAAAAAAAAUUAUGUAUAAAAAAUGCAACUCUGUCAUAUUGAGAACUUAAAUUAAAGUUCUGAAACUCUCUAUAUUUUCCAAAUAAGUAUAAUCAGGUUUUUGUGUUGCUUCUGGUCAGGGAGAGGAGAUAAUGGAGUUCCUGUGCCGUUAAUCCAUUCUGAAACACUUGAGUACAAAGUGUGAAGCACUGAAACCGACCCCAGCACCCUGGCCUGAUACUUUAUGCUUGACAAGCUUACGCUGUGCAGCUUUGCAAAAUCCAUCACCGUGUAUCAUAUUAAAGUUUUAGACAUUUUUUUUAUAUUUCAUACUUUUACUGGCAGAGUAAGGCGAGUUUUAGUAUUCUGUUGUCGUCCACUGAGAAUACGGGAUAACGUGAUAUGAGCAGACGAGAUACUUUUAUUUCUAUUCCCGUAGCUUGACUUAAAGGACCAGUAUGUAACAUUUAGGGGGAUCUAUUGGCAGAAAUGGUAUAUAAUAUUAAUAAGUAUGUUUUCUUUAGCGUAUAAUCACCUGAUAAUAACAAUCGUUGUGUUUUCGUUAGCUUAGACUGACCCGUUUAUAUCUACAUGGGGAGUCCGCAGUGUUGCACCGCCAUGUUUCUACAGUAGCCCAGAACGGACAAACCAAACUCUGUUAACUUUUCCUGCUUGGGCCAGAGUCGAUUACUCGCUCCUUUCACCGCCGCCGCUGCUCUCUCUCUCUCUUGCUUCACCACUCACCUCCCCCAUACACACUGGCUCUGCUCCAACUGGCUCUAGAGAGGGUCAUCCGCGUUUUCACGUCGGUCACCAGAGCUCUCCAACACGCUUGGCACACAGAAGAAGCUGCAGAUUUCCUUCAGCUUCAGGAGUUUUCCUUCUUGAAAGAUUUAUUCCUUUGGCAUGCUAUUGAUGGUGGCAGAAAUCACAGACAGCCGGACAGUUAGUACAUUGGCUGUCUGAGGUGAAUAAACACAAAUGACCCUGUGCUCAAAUUAGCACGUAUGAAGCAGGGCAAAAAUGUAUGUCUGAACACAUAUUUAGAAAGAUUUAUGACACCUUGGUCCUACUGGCCACUAUUAAAUAAAGCCUUGAUUAAGAAGACAUGAUUGUUGUCCUCUCAUGUGGCACCUUUAUGAUCACACAAACUUAUGUCUUUUUUUUUUAGUAAACUUAUCAAGAAUAGGAUUACGUAAAAUAUAGAUCUUGGGUAUGGAAAAUUGUCAUAAUUUUCUUACAGUUCUUAAGUUGUAGAGAAUGUAUUCUGCAAUAUUUUGACAUUUAUUUUGGCUGUUACCUCCAUUGAUAUAAUAACACUUCACUGAAAUCUGUUGAAGGAAAAAAAAGUACCAUACAAGAAAGCCAAAGCAAGUUUGGAGUAUAUACAGUAUGUGUCUCUUUAGUUGUUCUUUUAUGUGACUGUGAUUUUACUGGUACAGACACACAGCAGCUAAACUAACCCAGCUUGUAAUAGAGAGUAAACUGAGAUUGAAACAGGAAAGAAUAAUGAAAUGUACAGUGUAAAUGCAAAAUGUAAAUGCAAUCCUCCUCCUAUUUUGUUUAUUUUCACAUCAUAUUUUAUCUCCCUGUCUAUAAAUGUUGAUUUAAAAUCAUUUUAUAUUCCUGUUUUACUUUGAAUUAAAAGGGAGCAACUGGAAAAUG